AUGGCGGAUGAGGGUCAAUUCUCCGGCGAUAAUAACAAUAGCUCGAUGUUUGGAUACUACUCCGCUCCUCCGCCGACCGGCUACCAUGAAUCCUAUCCUGAAGCGCCCGAAAUGAUUCCCGGGCCUCCGCUCCUAAACAACGGAGAGGCGCACUUCAUCGAGAGCUUUCUCGAAAACCCCGGCGCUAACUACGGCAACAAUGACACGCCGCAACUCGGAAACAUGAAUUUCGACAAGAAUGACUACUCGUGGCUCAUGUCGGAGCGUCCCCCCACGAUCCAGGGCGUCGCUGGAGAACCCUCCACAUCACAAGCCUUCUCUAGUCUCUCACAUGCACAUGCUCCGAUUCCCGACUUUACUACGCUGGAUGAUUCCAAUUUAAUCGCCAUGGGUGCAGAAGACGACUUCUUCAGCGUGGCCUCGUUCAUGAACAACGCAAACCCUUUCAGCACCUUGAUGGGAAGCGACGCGCAUCAUCAGCAUCUACACCACCAUCACCAUCGCGAUUCGCUUUCGGAUCACUCGAGCCUGGGGCAAGCCGAUCCUAUGUCUGCCAUGGACAAUCAACAGAUUGAUAUUGUUCCUUCCUCGAUCUCCCCUAAUUUCGUCGCCCCACCCAUCCCCGCACUGGACACUGCAACGCCCGGAAUCGAGUCCAACGGAGUUUCGCGAGCCCCCACUCCAACCAUUCAGCGUGUUUUCGGCCUCAUCCCCCUCUCUCCGGUUCAGACCUCCCCCGAGUUCCGCGAUUCCGUGGCCUUGAACAGCAUGCGCCGCCCCCGUCAACACAACCACAAUCCCCCCGCGGACGCCGCCCAUAACGAGAACACCCGACUCUAUCGCUUCGGAUCCGACUCCCACUUCAGCACGACCGGCUUCAUCCCGCCGGCCGGCCAGGAGACCGAAGAAGUCUUCACCAACCGCUUCAUGAGCACCAUGAACGCCAUCCGGCCCGAAACCGGCGCCGACACUCGCCCCUCCACCCCACCCAAUGGCACCCAUCCCACCGCCAACGGGAACGGCAACGGCCCCAUCCCCGCCUGGGCCGGCACCUUCAUCGAAUCCGACUCGGAAUCCAACAACGACCGCCCCCGCAAACGCCGCCGCGCCACCGCCGACCCGUCCGAGUCCUCCGACCGCAAACCCGCCCUCCACCUACGCACCGCCCUCAACCCACGCAAGCCUUCCCUCGCCUCCGCCUCCGGCCAAUCCCCCACCUCCGCCACCACCAAGCGCCGUCGCUCCGACGUGUCCGGCGGCGUCGACGCGCAGCGCACGCCGGCGAAGACGCCGCGCGAGAACCUCAGCGACGCGCAGAAGCGGAACAAUCACAUCAUGUCGGAGCAGAAGCGGCGGAAUCUGAUCAAGAUGGGGUUCGACGAGCUGCAUCUGCUGGUGCCGGAGCUGCGAGGGGGCGGGUUCAGUAAGAGCAGCGUGUUAAUGGAGUCGGCGAUUUUUCUGGAGAAGUUGGUGGUAGGGAAUCGGGAGUUGCGGGAGAUGACGGAGCGUGCGAGAGGUUGAUGUGGAGACGCGAAUAGACGAAUGAGAUAUGGAUACGGACAGUCGAAAUGAUCGGAUCGCUAUAGGCAGUGCUCACUGUCUAUCGGUGACUAUGAGAGAUGGGAGGCAACCUGACACGGCCACGCGGGCUACUGAACAAUGGUGUUCAGUCUCUUUUCCCCGGGAAAUUAAUUCUGCAAGAUCUCCCCGUUUUUCUUCUGUUCAGUUUUUUUCCUUCCCCAACCGAUACUAUCCCCGUCACGAUGAAUGAGGACCACGAGACAUUGUUCUUUGUCACGAGCGAAAGAUUUCCCCGGC